AUGGCGACAUCAGCGGUCUAUUACAAGUUCCGCUCGCAGCGUGAGCCGCAAAAACUCACAUUCGAUGGAACAGGUAUUAGCGUAUGGGAGCUGAAACGCGAGAUUAUUUUGCAAAACAAGUUGGGCAAAGGCACAGAUUUUGAUUUGGCUGUAUACGAUGCGGAUACCGAUGAAGAAUACAAGGACGACAAUUAUACCAUCCCACGCUCGUCGCAUGUGACGGUGCGUCGUUUGCCUCCUUCAAAGCCUGGUCGAGGAACAGCGCAGCUGUACGUGGCUGAUCUUCAGGCGCCAGCCGGUGGUACGAGCGUUCCUGAGACUCCUGCUGCACCAACGCCGGCUCAUUCGAUGUACCGAGGCCCCAUGUCGAAGCGCUUUGACGGCAAAGAUGGGCCCCACCCUGGCACACCUACCUCUUCUGCUGCGUCUGUCAAGCCGUCGGCUGCGCUGGACAGUCAUCAGGACGAAGCGUCUCGGAUUGCUGCCAUGUUUCAAGCAACGACUGAGCAAUGGGAGGAGACGCAGGAACGCAUGUCACACGCCACCUAUCGCGAGCGAACAGGCAUGCCACGACGUGGUCCGCCGCCAGGGCGGGGUGGAGCACCACCACCCCCGAUUGAUCGCCCACCCCCACCGCCUGGCUUCAUUUGCUACCGAUGUGGUCAAAAAGGCCACUGGAUUCAAGAUUGUCCCACGAACAACAAUCCCGAGUACGACAAUCGGCGAUUCAAACGCACGACCGGUAUUCCUAAGAGCAUGCUGAAGACGGUGGAGCAAUCGACAGCGGAGAACAUGACGGGUGUCAUGGUGACACCGGAUGGCUCGUAUGUGAUUGCUACGCCGGAUUCGGGGUCCUGGCAGCGUAGUCGUGCGCGUUCACGGCCACUUUCCAAGACGGACGUGUACAAAACUGUGCCCUCUGAUCCAAGUCUCGCCUGUCCUCUCUGCUCCAAGUUGCUUCGUGAGGCUGUCAAGACGUCUUGCUGUCAUACCACAUUCUGCGAAGAAUGCAUUCAAACGCAUCUUUUUGAGCAUGACUUUGUAUGCCCUGAAUGUGAGAAGCGCAUUCCUGAUUUAGAAAUGCUAAAGAUUGACGAUGUGAAGCGCAAGCAAGUACGUGAGUAUGUCGAUAAGACCAUUGCACAAAGUGAAGAGGCGUUCGAGCAAGGAACCGGUGUGGACGAAGAGGCCGCUCAUCAAGCUGCUGUCUCCGAGUUUGCCGCCACGGGCGCGAGCGCAAGUACGACUGCCGCUCCUGCCCCACCUGUGCCUGAACCUGUGCCGAAGAGCGAGCCUUCUACGACGGCUGCUGCGGCCCCAGCGACGUCUUUGAACGAUCCCACGACGACGACGACGACGACGACGACGGCGCCGCCGCCGCCGCCGGCUGAUGGACCGACGUUCAACCCACAAAUGGUCCAACAACUGGUGGCGAUGCUGCAGAACCCACAGCUGCCCAUGCCGAUGCGCAUGCAACUGCAAAUGCAACUGCAGUUCCAGCAAAUGCUCUUUUUCCAGACCGGCCUCGGCUGA